GCACUAAGAAUUACGGACGCAGUCGUUGUCAAAUUCAGAGUGUCAAAUAUACGGUUAUGUGCAAUGGUGAAACCGUUGUAACGUUGGAAAGCACGCGUGGUACGGUGAAGUUUGCAUUAAGCCUGAAUUUUCACGGGCGGCGAAGUGCUGCCACAGCAUUUUGCUGCAGAGUUCUUGACCAAUAGAACCGCCAAUAAAGCAGGAAAGCACUGCCUGUUGUGCGCUGAGUGCGAAUCUUCUAUUUUAUCGUCAUUCCUAUUGGCAAAGAAUUGUGGAAAUUCACACUAAAGUAUGCAUAACCGGGCUUCCGUAUGAAAUUGACAAUGUAGUUAAAGAUAGUAAAAAUUGAUAUAAGAGUACACAAAGUGAACGAAAGAAUAACUAUUUCCUAUACAAUUAUGGCCACGCAGGCGUUGCUCAAUUUUGGAAACAUGUCGGGCAAAUGGUAAACACUAAUACAAAACCGCAUCGUUGGCUACUAUCUGGUGUGCAGUAUCACAAACCAAAAGCCAUGUCGCAAACCACCCUGCAUCAUGUGAGGUAUUUUCGAAGAGUAACCGAUGCUUCCAAACAAACCAAAUCGCCGUUUACUAGUGAACUUACCAAACCAGGUCCUAUUCACCUCACAAGACUAUGGAAGCCACUUGGUUUUUCUAUUAUGUUCAGUAGCGCAUCAAUAGUUGGAUCAGCAAUUUGGGAAUAUGAAAAUAUUAGGGCGCGCACCCAGAGAUUGAUCCAUCGAUUCGAGUUUACUCGAGUAAGACGCACUGGAUGGAGGGCGACGGUUCACAAUUGGUGGAAUAGCUUAGACGAAGGAAAAAAGCUAUUUGUUCCUAUUUGCUUCAUAAAUGUCUUGGUAUUUUGCGCAUGGCGUGUACCAGCUCUUCAGGGCACCAUGCUACGAUAUUUUUGCUCCAAUCCAAAUUCCAGUGCGAUGUGUUGGCCAAUGGUGUUAUCUACAUUCUCACACUAUACGAUCCUGCACUUAGCUGCGAACAUGUUUGUUUUGAACAGCUUUAGCUCUCCAGUUGUAGCAGCACUUGGCAAGGAACAGUUUCUAGCUCUAUAUCUAACCAGUGGUGUGAUGUCAAACCUUGUUAGUUACUUUUACAAGACUGUGUUUUCCAGACCAGGCCUUUCUCUUGGAGCUUCAGGAGCCAUAAUGGGAAUUCUGAGCUUUGCCUGCACACAGUAUCCUGACUCACGACUCAGCAUUAUUUUUCUUCCAAUGUAUACAUUCACGGCUGAUUCGGCUAUUAAGGCAAUGGUCUGCCUUGAUACGAUAGGGUGCAUAAUGAAGUGGCAGUUUUUUGAUCAUGCAGCACAUUUAGGAGGUGCAGCAUGGGGAAUAUUCUGGCAGAAAUGGGGCAACGCAUAUAUAUGGCAGAAGCGUGAACCGAUUUUAACUUUUUGGCACGAAUUCAGAGGACCACCUCGGUCUCGCUCAUGAUACGCUCUCCACAUAAUGAAAUUAAUUCUAUAUUACGAUUUUGUAAAGUAUUUAUAUGAAGGAUGUAAGACGAACAAUGUGAAAAAAAACUAGACAAUUUAUAAGCAAAUAUUUAUAAUGAAAGUUAUUACUUUGUUAUUACUUUUCUGUCCCCUGCUAUAGGAAAAAAAUUCAAAUCUGAUUCUUUGUUGAAACAUCAUUAUCUGCAACAUUUAGAAUAAUUUUUAGUUAGUAAUAAUGAGUCAUGACUCCAAUAGUGAAUCUCAACUACAUCAAUAAGAUAGGUAUAGAAAUCUACGGGUGCUACCAAGAAAAAAAAAAGAUGUAUCUAACAAUAAGAAAUAUGAAUGAAGAGACGCAUCUCAAAGAGAUGAAUAGAAACAGCGUAA